GUUAAAUGAAAGCAUAAACAACAUGGUUCCCACGUGCGGAUAACGAGGAAAUGAAGUUGUGAUUAUUGUGGAUUUCCUUUGUAUUUGUCAAAAUCUAAUCAAGAUGUUGACUAAUAAAGUAUUUGUCAAGAAGACGAAGAAAGGCAGUGUGAUGAAAAUAGUCAGGGAGCACUAUCUGAGAGAUGACAUAACGUGUGGAUCGGAAAUUUGCAAAUCUUGUGAACACUCUGAUGGCUCCCAAGUACUGGUCUCGGAACCAUCCACUGACAGCAGCCUGUGCCCGACACGCCACUACAUCGUACCCGACACGAACGUUGUCUUGCAUCAGUUUGAUGUUCUUGAAGAUAAAGGCAUUCAGAAUGCAAUUAUUCUUCAAACAGUCAUAGAAGAGGUAAAACAUAAAAGUAUUCCUGUCUACAAGAGGUUAAAAGAUCAGCUGGGAAACUCAGACAAGCACUUCUACACAUUCUCGAAUGAAUACCACAGAGACACGUUUGUGGAGAGGAAGCCAGGAGAGUCUUCUAAUGACCGGAAUGACCGAGCUAUCCGCACAGCAUGCACCUGGUACCAGAACCAUCUGAACGGUGCCUCCCCGGCCAUUAACAUUGUGCUUCUUACCAACGAUGUUGACAACAAGGUCAAGGCCACUAAGGAGGGGAUAACCUGCUAUGCUUUUGAGGAUUAUGUAAAUAGUCUCAAAAAUGCUUCUGAACUUGUGGACAGACUGGCAAGCUCUGCUCGUUCCAUGGUCGGAGACAGCCGUGUGAUAUACCCUGAGCACCAUGGGCUGUCCGAGAUCCAGCGCGGGAUCAAGUCUGGGAAGUAUCACCAGGGCAGUUUUCUGGCAAGCCGGGAAAACUACAAGGAGGCCAGCGUCAGCGCCCACGACCAGGAGAGGAUGAUCUUUGUACAAGGUCUUCAGAACAUGAACCGUGCCGUCCAUGAUGAUAUUGUCGCAGUAGAGAUGUUGCCAGAAGAGGAAUGGAGUUGUCCGUCAUCCCUGGUGCUGCAAGACGAGGCUGAUAAGACUCUGGAUGAGGAGGACCUAGCAGAUGAGAAACAGGAGAAGAACAAAGUUCCGAAGGAUCUGCGACAACCGACUGGGAGGAUUGUGGGUAUUAUCCAGAGAAAAUGGCGUCAGUACUGUGGGAUGUUGAGACCAUCACAGCUCAAAGAGAGUCGACGUCAUCUGUUUGUGCCGGCAGAGAAGCGUAUCCCCCGGAUACGUAUAGAGACCCGUCAAGCUGAACAGCUAGCUGGACAACGGAUUGUGGUUGCCAUUGACAACUGGCCAAAGAACUCCCGGUAUCCACAGGGCCACUUUGUGAGGAAGCUGGGUGCUGUCGGGGACAAGGAGACGGAGAACGAGGUGCUCCUGCUGGAACAUGAUGUCCCACAUUCAAACUUCUCCGAGACUGUGCUCAGCUUCCUGCCCAAGAUGCCCUGGAGCAUCUCCGAGGAUGAUAUGAAACACCGUCAGGAUCUGCGUCACAUCAACGUGUGCAGCGUUGAUCCUCCUGGCUGUACCGACAUUGAUGAUGCUCUUCACUGUCGCAACUUGGACAACGGAAACCUGGAGGUUGGAGUUCACAUUGCGGACGUGUCACAUUUUAUCCGCCCUGGCAAUGCGCUGGACAAAGAGGCUGCUAACAGAGGAACCACAGUUUACCUCACUGAUCGGAGAAUAGACAUGGUGCCAGAACUCCUCAGUUCAAACCUGUGUUCCCUGAGGUGCAAUGUGGACAGACUGGCCUUCUCUGUGCUGUGGGAGAUGACGCAAGAUGGGGACAUUGUCAACACCACCUUUACCAAGAGCGUGAUUGAUUCAAAGGCUUCAUUAACAUAUGCUGAAGCCCAGAUGAAGAUAGAUGAUCCGACUUUGACAGAUGACCUCACAGUCAGUUUACGGGGAUUAAACAGACUUGCAAAAAUCUUGAAGAAACGAAGAAUUGACAAUGGUGCCCUUAGCUUAGCCUCGACAGAGAUCCGGUUCUAUGUAGACAGUGAGACACACGACCCUAUAGAAGUUCAGACCAAAGAGCUCAGGGAGACCAACUCCAUGGUGGAGGAGUUCAUGUUGCUGGCGAACAUCUCGGUCGCUGAGAAGACUCUCAAAGAAUUCCCAGACUGUGCCUUACUCCGACGCCACCCAGCUCCACCGCCUUCCAACUUUGAACCUGUCAUCAGAGCUGCCAUGUCCAAGGGUCUUGACCUGGCUGUGUCAUCGGGGAAGGAACUUGCUGACAGUCUAGACAAGGCUGUGUUCCCUGACCAACCAUUCUUCAAUACCAUGUCUCGGAUCAUGACCAGUUGCAUGAUGCAAGCCGCCUACUUCAGCAGUGCGCUGCCAUUUGAAGAGUUCCAGCAUUAUGGCCUGGCUACUCCCAUCUACACCCACUUUACAUCUCCCAUCAGAAGAUACUGGACAUCAUUGCCCACCCGACUGUUGGCAGUGUGUAUUGGAGCAGAGCGCUGCACUCCAGCCCUCCUCGAGAAACACAAAACACAGGCCUUGUGUAACAACUUGAACUUCCGACACAAGAUGGAGUAUGCUGGUCGGGCUUCUGUCAACCUCCACACUCAUUUGUUCUUCAAGAAGCGAGUGGAAGAUGAAGAAGGCUAUGUGUUAUUUGUCAGGAAGAAUGCGCUGCAGGUUCUAAUCCCAAAAUAUGGUCUGGAGGGUACACUGUUCCUCAAAUCUGAUGAUGCAAUGUUUAUGUUUAAUGAGGAGGAGCAGACCCAGACUGGCGGCGCACACACCUUCCAUGUGUUUGACAGGCUGGUGGUCCAACUCAGCAUAGACAGGUCCAAUGAGCAACACAUGAAGCUCAGCAUCAAGCUGGUUGAGCCUCAGAUCCCAGGGUUCAGUGUACCCCAGCUCCCACCCACGGACAAUGAUGCAGAGCCACCCAGCAAGAAACACAAGUCUUAAGACCAGUUGAUGAAACUCUCCAGCCGAUGUUUGUAUUUGAGAGAGUUUGAGGUUAUGGGAGUGCCGGAACAUGCUCACUCAUUGUGUUCAUGAUGGGCUUCCGCCCUGGGCAUCGCUCUGGGCUUCGCUCUGGGCUUCGCUCUGGACAUGCUCUGGGCUUCGUUCUGGACAUCGUUUCUGGGCAUAGUUCUGGGGAUAGUUCUGGCUUCGCUCUGGGCUUCUCGUUCUGGGCAUUGUUCUGGGUCUCGCUCUGGGCUUCGUUUCUCAGAGCAAUGUAACCAAUUCAACCAUCAUAAUUCAGUGAUGAUGUAUAGGAGUUGUGACAGUCGAAGAGUGCGACACGGUGAGACAUGGCACUGACUCCACUCUACAGACCCACAGCUGUUGUUCAACAGCAUACAAGUAUAACUCUUAUACACUUGUACAAUAACUGCUUUUUGACAUGGCAUCCUGAUUUUGAAAACAUUCCUAUAUAAACAUUUUAGGCUAAACAGUGAUAAAAAUGAAUCUUGAGUAAUGGCAUAUACAGUAAGAAUGUGUAUAUGUUUAAAAUUUUAAAUUGGAAGAACUGUGAUUAAAAGUUUUUCCCUUGAGUGCCAUGUUCGUAUUUGUGUAAUUUUUAGAUAAUUACUAUUGAUGUAUAUUACAGAAAGUGUUUGUUACGGACACAAAUUAUUAUGUAUUUAUGAAAACCAGGCUGAAAUUUCGUUAUCAUGCAGUGUUGGUACAUGUGCAAUAAGAACAGCAGUGUAAAUAAAAAUUUACAAAAGUCA